UUUUUUUCUCAAGGGACCACGUAUACACCCACCUCAGUGCACAAAACAAUAGCCCGUUGAAGGAUUUAGAAGAGAAACAAAAAGGCAAAUAUAGUGACAACAUCACAUGCAGUUUGGACUUGGGAUUCACUCUAUCCUCUGUCUCCGUUUAUCCCUCUUCUUAAACCCUUGAAGUCCCUUGAAGUCUAGGGCUAUUUGAUCCUGAGCAGAAUUGAAGUUUCAAGUAAGUGAAUUUGAGUGAAAGGAAGUGAAUAUCCUAAAGCUUUUACCUAAGACUUGACAAAACAUGGAUCAGCAAGGAAACGGACAACUUCCAGGUAUGGAGGUGGUUGGUAGCUCUGCUCAUGUGCCAUAUAGUGUUGCACCAUAUCAAACUAACCAAAUGAUGGGCCUCUCUCCUUCUGCAUCAGCUGGUCCAGUUCAAGCUCCUCAAACAGCUGGCCUUCCUGCCUCUUCUACUCAGAUGGCGCAACACCAGCUUGCCUAUCAGCACAUUCACCAGCAACAACAGCAGCAAUUGCAGCAACAGCUCCAGAACUUUUGGGCAAACCAGUACCAAGAAAUUGAGCAAGUGACUGAUUUCAAGAAUCAUAGCCUGCCAUUGGCCAGGAUCAAGAAAAUAAUGAAAGCGGAUGAAGAUGUUAGAAUGAUUUCAGCAGAAGCACCAGUUAUAUUUGCCCGGGCCUGUGAGAUGUUUAUCCUCGAGUUAACCCUGCGUGCGUGGAACCACACAGAGGAGAAUAAGAGGAGGACCCUUCAAAAAAAUGACAUUGCAGCAGCCAUCACUAGGACUGACAUAUUUGAUUUUUUGGUUGACAUAGUACCAAGAGAGGACUUGAAAGAGGAGAUGCUUGCAUCAAUCCCCAGAGGGCCCCUUCCUGUUGGAGGUCCUGCAGAGGGUGUCCCUUACUACUACAUGUCAGCCCAGUCUGCUCCACCGGUUGGAGCUCCAGGGAUGUAUAUGGGUAAACCCGUUGAUCAAGCUCUUUAUGGCCAUCAGCCUCGUCCUUAUAUGCCUCAGCAGAUGUGGCCACACCAACAGCAACCACCUGCCGAUUCUUAGGCAGAAGUGAAGAAUUAUCCAACUGAGUUGUGAGAGAUUUUUCAGAUCAAGUACUGGAGACAUACCAAACUGAUAGAUGACUGCAUAGAGAGACUUUAAAAGACAGAAGAAUAUGUGUUGCACCUUUGUUAUUCCUAAGUUAUGUAACUAAAUUCUGCACAAAUUCAGUUUUAAGGCUUAAGUAGUGUUUAACUAUGUACUAGUUAAGUUAGAUUGUCAUGGUUUGUGGCUAAUAACAUGUACCAGCCUGUUUGGGCUGCCUACUGUCCAUGUUUUCCAGAUUUGCGACUGAUCUGUCUAGUUUGUCGGUGUAUCUUUCAAUGUC